UAUUCUGCUCCAAGGGACAGUCACUUAGGAAUUAUUCUAUUAUUUAUUUAAAGAAAAAAAAGAAUCAAAAUGUUUGGAGCUAGCAAGGUGAUGCUCUGUGGAUUUAUAAUACUUAUUUCACUUUCCCAGGUCGAAGCGCAGAGUUCAUCAUCACUUCUUGAGUUACUCAAUAAUCUUAUCCAGCAACUAGUACAAAUAAUUCAAAACGUAAUAAAACAGUUAACAAAUCCCACAACAACAGCGGCUCCUGCAACCACUUUACCCAGUAGCUCGACUAUAAGUACAGCUACGCAGCAUAGCACUGGGACUAGUAAUCAGGCUACAAUAACGGCGACAACUGCUGCAUCUUCUAGCAGCAGCCUUUCAACUGCCACCAGUAGCAGCCAAUCCACAGGAAGCACUGAUAGCCUCCUAUCAUCAGCCAAUGUGGAGACAACAGUCAGUCACCAAUCAACAGCUACCAGCAGCAUUGCAGUCUCUUCAACUACCAGGACUGAUAGCAGUAGCCAAUCUAUAUCAGCCAGCACGGAAACAUCUUCAAACAUUGGGAGCAGCACUCAAUCACUUUUCACAAAUAACACUCUGAGCUCUCCCAUUUCAGAUACCAGCAGUCAAUCACCAUCAGCUAGUACAGAAACAUCUCAAGUUACUGGGACCAACAGUCAAUCAGCAUCAACCAGUACACAGACAUCUUCCAGUGUUCGGACCACUUGCCAAACAGCCCCCAUGAGUAACACUCAGGGCACUUCCUUUACAGACACAAGUAGUCAACCACCAUCAGCCAACACAGAGACAUCACCCAACACUGCUACCAGGAGCCAAUCAGAAUCCACUACUAACACUCUAACCUCUUCUGGUAUAGAGACUAGUAGUCAACCACCAUCAGCCAACACAGGUACAUUGUACAAUACUGCUACCAGGAGCCAAUCUGAAUCCACAAUUAACACUCUAACCUCUUCUGGUACAGAGACCAUCAGUCAAUCACCAUCAGCCAAUACAGGGACAUCAUCCAAUACCGCUUCCAGGAGCCAAUCAGAAUCCACCAUUAACACUCUGACCUCUUCUGGUACAGAGACCAGCAGUCAACCACCAUCACCCACAACAGGGACAGCUUCCAAUACUGCUACCAGGAGCCAAUCUGAAUCCACUACUAACACUCUAACCUCUUCUGGUACAGAGACCAGCAGUCAACCACCAUCACCCAGCACAGAGACAUCAUCCAAUACUGCUACCGGGAGCCAAUCAGAAUCCACCAUUAACACGCUAACCUCUUCUGGUACAGAGACCAGCAGUAAACCACCUUCAGCCAACACAGGGACAUCAACCAAUACUGCAACUAACAGCCAAUCAGAAUCCACUACUAACACUCUAACCUCUUCUCGUAGAGAGCCCACCAGUCAAUCACAAUCAGUCAACACAGGGACAUCUUCCAAUACUGCUACCAGGAGCCAAUCUGAAUCCACAAUUAACACUCUAACCUCUUCUGUUACAGAGACUAGUAGUCAACCAUCAUCAGCCAACACAGGGACAUCUUACAAUACUGCUACCAACAGCCAAUCCGAAUCUACUACUAACACUCUAACCUCUUCUGGUACAGAGACCAGCAGUCAAUCACCAUCAGCCAAUACAGGGACAUCGUCCAAUACCACUACGAGGAGCCAAUCAGAAUCCACCAUUAACACUCUAACCUCUUCUAGUACAGAGACCAGCAGUCAAUCACCAUCACCCAGCACAGGGACAUCUUCCAAUACUGCUACCAGGAGCCAAUCUAAAUCCACUACUAACACUCUAACCUCUUCUGGUAUAGAGAUUAGUAGUCAACCACCAUCAGCCAACACAGGGACAACUUACAAUACUGCUACCAACAGCCAAUCUGAAUCUACUACUAACACUCUAACCUCUUCUGGUACAGAGACCAGCAGUCAACCACCAUCACCCAGCACUGAGACAUCAUCCAAUACUGCUAACAGGAGCCAAUCAGAAUCCACCAUUAACACGCUAACCUCUUCUGGUACAGAGACCAGCAGUAAACCACCAUCAGCCAACACAGGGACACCACCCAAUACUGCUACCAACAGCCAAUCUGAAUCCACUACUUACACUCUAACCUCUUCUGGUACAGAGACCAGCAGUCAACCACCUUCAGCCAAUACAGGGACAUCACCCAAUACUGCAACUAACAGCCAAUCAGAAUCCACUACUAACACUCUAACCUCUUCUAGUACAGAGACCAGCAGUCAAUCACCAUCACCCAGCACAGGGACAUCUUCCAAUACUGCUACCAGGAGCCAAUCUGAAUCCACUACUAACAUUCUAACCUCUUCUGGUACAGAGACCAGCAGUCAACCACCAUCAGCCAACACAGGGACAUCGUCCAAUACUGCUACCAGGAGUCAAUCUGAAUCCACAAUUAACACUCUAACCUCUUCUGGUACAGAGACUAGUAGUCAACCACCAUCAACCAACACAGGGACAUCUUACAAUACUGCUACCAACAGCCAAUCCGAAUCUACUACUAACACUCUAACCUCUUCUGGUACAGAGGCCAGCAGUCAACCACCAUCAGCGAACACAGGGACAUCUUACAAUACUGCUAACAACAACCAAUCAGAAUCCACCAUUAACACUUUAACCUCUUCUAGUACAGAGACCAGCAGUCAAUCACCAUCACCCAGCACAGGGACAUCUUCCAAUACUGCUACCAGGAGCCAAUCUGAAUCCACUACUAACACUCUAACCUCUUCUGGUACAGAGACCAGCAGUCAGCCACCAUCACCCAGCACAGGGACAUCAUCCAAUACUGCUACCAGGAGCCAAUCAGAAUCCACCAUUUACACUCUAACCUCUUCUGGUACAGAGACUAGUAGUCAACCACCAUCAGCCAACACAGGGACAUCUUACAAUACUGCUACCAACAGCCAAUCUGAAUCUACUACUAACACUAUAACCUCUUCUGGUACAGAGACCAGCAGUAAACCACCAUCAGCCAACACAGGGACAUCUUCAAUUACGGGGACAAGCAGCCAAUCAGCAUUAACCAGUAAUGAUCUGAGCACUUCCAUAACAGAAACAAAUAGUCAAUCACGACUCACCAGCCCAGAAACAUCUUUAAUUACUGGAAUCAGCAGUCAUGCAGGAUCUGCCAGUAACACUUUAACCUCUUUCAGUACAGAGACCAGUAGCCCACCAACAUCAGUCAGUGGGACAUCUUUCAUUACUGCUGCCAGCAGCCAGUCAGCAUCUGCCAGUAAAACUCUGAGCACGUCCACUACAAUAACAAUUAGUCAACCACUUUCAGCUGGUAUAGAGACAUUGUUCAGUACUGGGACUACUAGACAAACAAUAUUCACUAGUAACACAAUAAGCAGUUCCAUUACUAGUACCAGUAGUCAGCAACCAUCAACCAACACAAAGACUUCUUCAACUACUGAAACCAAAAGCCAAACUGCAUCCACUAGUAAUACUGCUUCUAUUACAGAAAUGAGUAGUCAGCCACCAUCAGCUGGUAUACAAACAUCUUCAACUACUGGAACCAACAGCCAAACUGCAUCCACCAAUAGCACUCUGAGUACUUCAGUUACAGAAAUAAGUAGUCAACCUCUAUCAACUGGUAUCCAGACAUCUUCCAGUACUAAAACUACAAGCCAAUCAGCAUUUACUAACAACAAUUUGAGCACUGUUACAGGUGGCAGUAGUCAACCUACAUCAGCAGGAAUACAGACAUCUUCAGUUACUGGAUCCAACAGCCAAUCAGCAUACACCAGUAAAACUCUGAGCACUUUCAUUACAGAAACUAGUAGUCAACCACCAUCAGUUACAAUACAGACAUCUUCCAGUACUCAAACUACAAGCCAAUCAGCAUUCACCAAUAACCCUCUGAGCACUUCUAUUGCAGAAAUCAGUAGCAAGCCAACAACAGCAAACAGAGAGACAUCGACAAUUACUGGAACCAACAGUCAACCAUUAUCUACCAGUAACAUUCUGAGCUCUCUCAUUACUGCUGCAAGUAUCCAACCACCAUCAGGCAACACAGAGAUGUCUUCCAUCACUGGUACAUACAGCUUUUCAUCAUCCACCAGUAGCACUCCAAGCUCUUUCUUUACUAAUUCCAUUAGUCAUUCCCCAUCAGUAAACACAGGGACAUCAUCAAAUACUGGAACCAGUAGCCAAACAACAUCCAACAGUAACAUUCUUAGCACGUCCAUUAAAGAAAACAGUAGCCAACAACCACUGGUCAGUACACAGGUAUCCACCACUACUGGUACCAACAGCCAAGCAACAUCUACCAGUAGCACUAUGACUUCUGGUUCUAGCAGUCAACCCCCAUCCAGUGAAUCAACAUCAGUCAGCACAGGGACAUCUUUUAACACUAGGACCAGCAGACUAACAACAUCCACCAGUAGCACUCAGACCACUUCCAUUACAGGAACCAAUAGGCAACAGUCACUGGACAUUAUGCAGUCACCCACCAGUUAUGGAACCAAUAGCGAAUCAACAUUCUCCAAUAAUACUCCAAGCUCUUCAAUUACAGGAACGAGUAGCCAGCUAUCACCGGCCAGUACACAAUCAUCCACCAGUACUGGAACCAAUAGCCAAUCAACAUCCACUAGUAGCACUCUAACCUCUUUCAUUACUGGUUCUAGUAGUCAACCCCCAUCUACUCAACCCCGUUCAGCCAGCACAGGGACAUCUUUUAAUACUGUGAUCAGCAGCCAAAUGAUAUCCACUAGUAGCACUCUGAGCACUUCCAUUACAGGGACCAAUAGUCAACAACCACUGCCCACUACACAGUCACCCACCAGUACUGGAACAAAUAGCCAACCAACAUCCACCAGCAACACUCCGAGCACUUCAAUUACAGGAAUGAGUAGUCAGCUACCACCUGCCAGUACACAAUCAUCCACCAGUACUGAAACCAAUAGCCAAUCAACAUCCACUAGUAGCACUCUAACCUCUUUCAUUACUGAUUCUAGUAGUCAACCCCCAUCUAGUCAACUCCCAUCAGCAAGCACAGAGACAUCUUUUAACACUGGGACCAGCAGCCAAAUGAUAUCUAUUAGUAACACUUUGAGCACUUCCAUUACAGGGACCAGUAGUCAACAACCACUACCCACUACACAGUCAUCCACCAGUACUGGAACCAAUAGCCAAUCAACAUCCUCCAGUAACACUUUUAACACUUCAAUAACACAAACCAGUAGCCAGCUACCACCGGUCAGUACACAAUCAUCCACCAGUACUGAAACCAAUAGCCAAUCAACAUCCACUAGUAGCACUCUAACCUCUUUAAUUACUGGUUCUAGUAGUCAACCCCCAUCUGGUCAACUCCCAUCAGCAAGCACAGAGACAUCUUUUAACACUGGGACCACCAGCCAAACGACAUUACCUAGUAACACUCUGAGCACAUCCAUUACAGGAACCAAUAGGCAACAGCCACUGGACACUACACAGUCACCAGCCAGUACUGGAACCAAUAGCCAAUCAACAUUCUCCAAUAACACUCCAAGCCCUUCAAUUACAGGAACGAAUAGCCAGCUACCAGUGACCAGUACAAAAUCAUCAACCAGUAGUGGAACCAAUAGCCAAUCAACAUCCUCCAGUAACACUCUGAACACUUCAAUUACAGGAACCAGUAGCCUACUACCAUUGACCAGUACACAAUCAUCCACUAGUGCUGGGACCAACAGCCAAUCAACAUCCUCUAGUAGCACUCUGACUUUCAUUACUAGUUCUAGUAGUCAAAUAUCAUCUAGUCAACCUCCAUCGGCCAGCACAGGGACAUCUUUUAACACUGGGUCCAGCAGCCAAAUCACAUCCACUAGUAACACAAUGAUCACUUCCUUUACCGGAACCAAUAGCCAACAACCACUGCCUACUACACAGUCAUUCACAAGUACAGGAACAAAAAGCCAAUUAACAUCCUCCAGUAACACUCCCAGUAACACUCUGAACACUUCAAUUACAGGAACUAGUAGUCUACUACCACUGACCAGUACACAGUCAUCCAUUAGUACUGGGACCAACAGCCAAUCAACAUCCACCAGUAUCACUCUGGCCUCUUCCCUUACUAGUUCUAGUAGUCAAACCUCAUCUAGUCAGCCCACAUCAGCCAGCAUGGGGACAUCUUUUAACACUGGUGCCAGCAGCCAAACUGCAUCCACCAAUAACACUAUCAGCUCUUCCAUUACUGGAGCAACAAGCCAGCUACCACUGGUCACUACACGAUCAUCCACCAGUAGCACUCUAAAAACAUUUUUUACAGAAACCAGUAGACUAUUACCACCAGCCAGUACACAAUCAUUCAUUAGUAGUAGGACCAACAGCCAAUCAAUAUCCACAAGUAACAUUCCGACCUCCGCCAUUACUGGUUCUAGUAGUCAACCCCUAUCUAGUCAACAAACAUCAGCUAGCACAGGUACAUCUUUUAACAUGGGGACCAGCGGUAAAACAACAUCCACCAGUAAUGCUCUGAACACUUCCACAGGAACCAGUAGUCAACCUCCAUCCAACACAGGGACAUCUUCAAGCACUGGGUUCUUCAGCCAACAAACAUCCGCCAGAAGCCCUAUUAGCUCUUUCACUACUUCCAGUAGUCAAUCCCCAUUAUACAUCACAGGAACUAUAUCCACUACUGGAACCACCAGCCAACCAACAUCUUCCAGCAUCACAAAUACUAAAUCAACAUCCACCGGCAACACUCCUAACUCAUUUAUUACUUUUACAGGUAGUCACACAUCAUCAAGCAGUCCUGUGACAUCACCCAACACUGGAACUAGUAGUCAAUUAACAUCCAGUAAUAGUCAGUCACCAUCAACCAACACAGGGACAACUGUAACUACGGCAACAAAUACCCAAUCAACAUCCACAAGCAAAAUGGUGAACACUUCUAAUACUGCUACCACCAGUCAACUUUCAUCAACCAAAUCUGUAACAUCUUUCAGUACCACCUCCAAUACCAAAUCAGGAUUUUCAAAUGCCACAAGCUUAACCACUACAGUUACUAGUGUCAGUGUUGUAUCAUCAAAUACAAUAACCACUGCCACUAGUGGAACUACUGCUUCAUCAGAUCAAACUGUGACUUCAUUUACAACAUCAUCUUUGAGCACACCAACAGGAACAAAUAAUAUAGUGACCUCUACCACUGGAACAGGUAGCACAUCAACAUCAAGCACAAAAGCCAAUGUUCAAACCACAAACAAUACAUUGACCUUGUCAAGCACUGUGACCCAACAGACACCAACAAGUGGAACCAAAAGUGUGACAAAUGAAACUUCCACUAGUACAACUGUACCGUCUUCAACUACGGUGAGCUCGGCUAGCACUGGGCUUCCUAACUGGGCCAUAAUUCUCAUAGCUUUGGCGGUCAGCAUUGGUACGGUCAUACUCAUUAGUACAACCUUCCUUAUUGUCUACUGUGUGAGAAGAUUUGCUGGUAUCACUAGUUAUAACAUCACUGUUUAACCCAAAGAAUAUUCCUUUGCACUGAUCUCUCCUAUCCUGCAAAAGUAUCCACUGAUGUGAAACAACUGUAAAUCUGGACAGCUGAGUCGUCGAACUCGGGAAAGAAGGACAGUCCUUUUCCAACCAGUCAUUGUGUGUGAUUUGGUUCUGAGACAGGAACACUCAAGGAAAGGCGUAUCCCUGUGUCAGUUGUAUUCAGUGGUGAUAUAAGACAACCCUGUACAAAGUAUUUUUCUUUUGGGUUUUACUCAAUAGUAUCAAUGAAAAUGUACUGCGUCACUUUAAAUAAAGUGUAAUAUAUAGUUCCAUAAUAAA